UGCGUGCGAAACACUUUGCCAAGUGCGGCGCGCAAACACUAGCCAUAAGCUCGCGCUGCUAACCUCAAUAGUAGCGCGCGCUCGUUCUGCCAUAGGCUUACAUGACGGCGCUCAUAUCUUCUGGCGUGCCAUCUGUCGAUAAACGGGACAAAUAUUUCGGGUUUACUGAACUAGAGCUCGCGGAUGAUGCGAUAAGAAGGGAUGCGGCGUGGUGAACGGGAGAGAAUUACGCGGGAGUAACUCGGGGAUGUUUUGGAUGACUGAAGGUUUGAUGCCCAUCCACAGGCUCGCGUUUUGAUGAGUUUGAAGGCGAUCGCUCCUGCGUGAAUCAUUUACCCCCGACGUUAUCGACCGGACCAUCGACGAGCAUCAUGCGUUUGUCGUUUGGUUUUGUUCUGUCAACUUUUUGGCUUUGGGAAGCGUCGCUUUCUCGCGUUUACACCAAUCACUGGGCUGUUCGGAUCCCCGGAGGACCAGGGGAAGCUGACAAACUCGCUUCAAAAUAUGGCUUUACCAAUUUGGGUCAGAUCGGAGGACUGGAGCGCCAUUACCAUUUCCAUCACAGCAGAGUGGUCCGCAGAUCCACAUUUGCCACCAGAGGCUCUCACAGCUUCAUUCACAUGGACCCGAAGGUCGACUGGGCUCAGCAGCAGGUGGUGAAGACUCGAGUCAAGCGUCACGCCAGGAGCGACCCGAGCCACGUCCACUUCAACGAUCCCAAAUGGUCCAACAUGUGGUACAUUCACUGUAGUGAUAAAAACAGCCGCUGCCGUUCAGAAAUGAAUAUCCUUGCAGCCUGGCAGAGAGGCUACACCGGUCGAAAUGUGGUCGUCACCAUCUUGGACGACGGUAUUGAGAGGAACCAUCCGGAUCUGGCGCAGAAUUAUGACCAGCUGGCGAGCUACGAUGUGAAUGGAAAUGACUACGACCCAACUCCACGAUACGACUCCAGCAACGAGAACAAACACGGGACUCGAUGUGCUGGGGAAGUCGCUGCUGUGGCCAACAACUCGCACUGCAUUGUGGGUAUAGCCUACAACGCCCGUAUAGGAGGUGUCCGAAUGCUUGAUGGAGACGUGACUGAUGUGGUGGAGGCCAAGUCUCUGGGAAUAAGGCCAGACUACAUCGACAUUUACAGUGCCAGCUGGGGCCCUGACGAUGACGGGAAGACCGUGGACGGGCCGGGGCCUCUGGCCAAACAAGCCUUUGAACUGGGAAUUAAAAAGGGCCGUAAGGGUCUCGGCUCCAUCUUUGUUUGGGCGUCUGGUAACGGGGGCCGUCAGGGCGACCACUGCUCCUGCGACGGCUACACCAACAGCAUCUACACCAUCUCCGUCAGCAGCAGCACCGAGAACGGCAACAAGCCCUGGUACCUGGAGGUCUGCUCCUCCACCCUCGCCACCACCUACAGCAGCGGAGAGUUCUACGACCGCAAAAUAGUGACCACAGACUUGCGUCAGAGAUGUACCGAUGGACACACGGGCACCUCUGUAUCCGCUCCGAUGGUGGCGGGCGUCAUCGCCCUCGCUCUCGAGGCAAAUCCUCUGAUAACCUGGAGGGAUGUCCAGCAUCUUCUGGUGAAGACGUCCAGGCAGGCUCACCUGAAAGCCAGUGACUGGAAAACCAAUGCAGCCGGACACAAAGUCAGUCAUCUGUAUGGCUUUGGUUUGGUGGACGCCGAGGCAAUGGUGGUGGAAGCCAAGAAGUGGAGAAACGUUCCUCCUCAGCACACCUGCAGCAAGAGCUCUGACCGCAGAACCCGGUACAUCCGAGCGGAUCAGAAGCUGAACGCCAGCAUCUCGAGCAGCGGCUGCAGCGAUCAGCCGGAUCAGCGGGUGGUGUUCGUGGAGCACGUGGUGGUGCGCGUCCUCAUCGUCCACCCGCGCCGAGGAGACCUGGACAUCAGCCUCGUGUCGCCCUCCGGGACGCGCUCGCAGCUGCUGGCUCAGAGACUGUUUGAUAACUCCAACGAGGGCUUCAGGAACUGGGAGUUCAUGACGGUUCACUGCUGGGGUGAGAGAGCGGAGGGCACGUGGACGCUGGAGGUUUCAGACUCGCCGUCUCAGCUGCGUAACCCUGAGGUGUUGGGUAAACUGAAGGAGUGGACGCUGGUCCUUCACGGCACGGCUGAGCACCCCUACCAAUCCCAGACUUCCCAGCACUCGCGCUCCAGGAUGCUGGAGGUUCCCACAGCAGGCAAGGAGCUGAAAAACCCAGCCCCUGAGCAUGAAGAGGAGGAGGAGGAGGAGGAGGAGGAGGAAUAUAAUGGUCCGUGUCAUCCUGAGUGUGGAGAUCAGGGCUGCGACGGGCCGGACGCCGAUCACUGUCUCAACUGUGUUCACUUCAGUCUGGGCAGCCUCAAGACCGGCAGGACGUGUGUGAGUCACUGUCCGUCGGGUUAUUUUGAGGACGGCGAGGCCCGUAGAUGUCGCCGCUGUCACAGAGGCUGUGAGAAGUGUGUGUCUCGAGGGCCGAGCGAGUGCCGCUCCUGCAGGAGAGGGCUCUACUUCCACUCGAAGGAGAACACCUGCGUGGAGACCUGUCCCGCCGGCCUCUUCCACGACGACGGUCAGAGACGUUGUCUGAAGUGUCACGAGAACUGUUUGAGAUGCUUGCGAGAUGCAGACAGAUGCACGGCCUGCAAAGACGGCUUCAGUCUGGCAGGAAUGACCUGUGUUCCAGAAUGUGCCAAUGGAACGUUUUUUAACCUGGAAGAAAUGAAGUGCAGCCCUUGCCACAUCUCCUGCUCCACAUGCACAGGUCCAGGGCUGGAGGAGUGCAUUCAGUGUGCCCCGGACUACUUGCAGCAGGAGUGGAGGUGCGUGCGAAGCUGUGCUCCCGGAUACUACAGAGGAGAGGUGGCGGGAUUCACACAGAGGAUGUGUCGCAAGUGCGAGGAGCACUGUUUGAGCUGCCAGGGUCCUGGAACCAGCUGCACGCAGUGUAAGGAGGGAUACAGCCUGGUCAGCCGCACCUGCAUCGUGAACGCCACCUGUAACAACGCGGAUGAAGUCUUCUGCGAGAUGGUCAAGUCGAACCGGUUAUGCGAGAAGAAGCUCUUCCGUCAGUUCUGCUGCCGGACGUGUUUGAUGACGGCUGGAUGACGAAGAGGCGAAAGGACUGACCUCCUCUUUCUUUGGUUGUAUUAUCUAAUGUACAUUUCAAACUAGUUAUACUGUGAUUAUUGAAGAAAUAGUUCGCAAAAAAAAUUAAAAAAAUUCAACUGGAUGAAAAAUGUACUCAUCCUCGGUCCGUUCAAGGUGAAUUUUGUUUCUUCAUCCGAACAGAUCUGAAGAAAUGUAGCAUCCCAUCACUUGCUCAUCAACGAAUGCUCUGCAGUGAAUGGGUGCCGUCAGAAUAAGAGUCCAAAAAGCACCUUUAUGUCUCGUAAAAUGAAAAGAAACAAAUCGAUUAUUGAUGCACUUUAACCGAAAGUGAGGUUUUAAAGUUAACGUAUCAUAUUGCGUUCUACAAUGAAAAAGCCGUCUCGUCUGAAUCAGGAGAGAAAUAUACACCGAUGGAGCACAGUUACGAGCAAAAACAGUUUAGCGUUUUUAUUUCCCAGAAGCAAUGAUUUAAAGUUAAAACAUUCGAUUUUUCUCUAACAAACAUACAGCUUUUAGCUUCACAUGACAACAAUCGAUGGCCUGGUUGCUGUUGUGACUCUCAUUCUGACGGCACCCAUUCACUGCAGAGCAACGUGACGUAAUGCUACCUUUCUCCAAAUCUGAUGAAGAAACAAAGUCAUCCACGUCUUGUACGGCCUGAGGUUGCAUGCAUUUUCAGCAAAUAUUCGUUUUUUGGCCGAACUAUUCCUUUAAUGACAGAAAUAAUACUCCUCAUUUCAAGAAAGCCUGUUAGGGUGCUAUUUGAUUUAAACAAGAUAUAUUUUUAAGAUUGUCCGUUUUUUAAACAUGCAGUACGUGUAUAAAAUCGCUUCUUUUUUAUUCAAAGACAUCACUCGAUAUAGCUGUAUAUGAGAGAAGCCGUUCUCGUAACUGAUCAUGUAAUUUCUAGUAUGCCAGACGACAACUGGAGCGAAACUGCAAUGUUAAGAGAGACAUUAAGGUUUUAAAUCACAAGAAUGAUAAAAAAUAACGACACUGUACAUUUUAAACUAUGUAUCUAAUGGUAUUUUAAAUAUCGAAGGUGGAGUAAGUCCAUCAAAGCUCUGAAAUAUAAACCUUUCCUUGGUGAAAA